AUGCAGUACGAAAGCAGUCAAGCAGCUGGACCUUCAGGCUGGCUUCCAUCACUCUUACCAGGAUGGACGGAACAUGUUGCUCCUAAUGGUCAACUGUAUUGGCAUAACCAACAUUCUAGACAGAGUACGUAUCAGCAGGCUCCAUUGGUGGAUACUGCAAGCAAUGCGAAUGAACGACCAAAGAAGAAGGAGGCUAUUCCUGGUGCAGAUGGAUGGUUUCGAGUGAGAACGAAUUUGGGCAACACCUUCUAUGCACACAAAGAAAGUCAAAGAAGCGAAUGGAUCGUACCAGAAGAGAUCAAAGAGCAGGUUCAGGUAAUGGAGAGAGCAAAGAGACAGCAGAAAGAAGAAUUGGCUCAGCGGCAGAGGGAAGAAAAGGCACAUGCUGAACAAGUUCGCCGCGAAGAGCAAAGACGAAAAGAAGAGCAGGAGAUAAAGAGAAAAGAGGCUGAAAGAAUGAAGAGAGAGGGGAAACUUCGAAAAGAGCAGGAGAAAGAAGAGAGAAUUCAAAGAGAACGUUUACGGACAUUGCAAGAGGUGAACAAAAGAAAAAGAGAAAACGGCCCAGAAGACCAAUCUGAGAAUGGAAUCUCGGAGAAGAAGGCUCGUUCCUCGAUUGAGAAUUCCACUGCAGCUGAACGAGAUGAAGAAGACGAGGAGGCUUGGCAAAAACGGAUAGCUGCAGAGAUGGCUGCUGAAAGUGAAGUUGAGGAUGGAGCAGCUGCAAACCGGGAACUCACUGCUGAACAAGCUAAAGCAAUCUUUAUGCACAUGCUGACAGAGAUGAACGGAACAUCAAGCGAGAUAAAUCCAAUGGCACCUUGGGAUAAAGAGUUGCCAAAAAUUGUCGACCAUCGUGACUUCACAGUACUGAAAGAAUUGAGCGAUAAACAAGAUGCUUUCAAUGAAUGGUGCCGAUUACGCCUUCGUGAAAAGCGUGCCGCCAGAAUGAAUUCGAAGUCAAGUCAGAAAGGAGACGAGGCUGCUCCUGCAACUUCUCAAUCAGAUGCGGGUGAUCGGCUUGCGGCAUACCGAACCUUAUUAGAGAGUGAAGUCACUUCCACACGUACUCAUUGGGACGAUUUCCGUAAGAGCUGGAAACGAGAUCGUCGUUUCUUUGCAUUCGGUCGUGAUGAGCGAGAACGUGAAAAAGAGUUCAGGAAUUGGCUCAAAGAACUAGGUGAACGUAAGAGACAGGCAGCCAUUCGAAAUGAGAAUGGUUUUGUGCAAUUGCUACAAGAGAAACUAGGAUCCAGCUCUGAGAACCGCCUAGAUCCUUCUACGAGUACAUCUCAAGCUCAAAAUCUCUGGUCUCAAUGCAAGAAAACGCCUGGGCUAGACAGCGACCCAAGAUAUGAUGCAGUUGGUAGCAGUAGCCGUCGAGCUGUAUUGUUUGAAGAGUGGGCCAAAGGCAAGAGAAAGAUCGACUCGCUUUCAGAUACAGAGCCCAAUCAAAGAAAGCAAGAUGAUACAUCUACGAAGCAGGUCCAUCGCGACUCAAAUGACGCAUUAAAGCAACGAGAAGAAGAAGUUGCAAGACAACGAAGACUAUUACAAGGUAAAAAGACACGCACGUUAGGCAAAGCACUUUACGAAGAAGGUUUGACGGAAUACAGACAAUUGCUGAUUGAUGCAGUGAGAGAUCCAUUGACUAUGUUUGAGAAUGCAUUCGACACUUUAUCACGAGAUGAUCGAUUCCAUGCUCAGGCUUUGAGUCAAAAUGAGAAACAGCGCAUCUUUUACGAGCAUGUCGAUAAUCUCAAUCGACGUCGUUUGCGCUCUUUGGAAGAGGUGUUUGAAAAAUAUGCGCCUACUCUUGACACAGAGCGAGAAGUUGCUCUACCGCUCAUCUUGGAUGACGAGGAGAUCGAUCGCAAGCAGCUGACUCAAUUACACGCUAUCGUAUCUGGCAGCAAGACUGUAGGUGACCUCUUCGACGAAUGGCAGGCAAGACGUGAGCAGGAAGCACAUAGAGCCUUUCUACAAAUGCUCAAAGAGAAUGCCUUUGUGGAUUUCUGGGGUAGAUUACGACAGGAGCAUGAACGAAAGGCAGGUGAUGGCGACAAGGAUGCUACGACGGAAGAGGGAAAUCUCACAAAUGAUGAAGAUGAAGAUGCAAAUAUACCCAGUCUACUUCAAAUGGCCGCAACGAUUGAUUUAGAUGAAAUCCAUGCAAUCCUUCGCGAUGAUCAACGUUAUCGUGCUUUUCGUCAUAAACCUCGAAUGCGCGAAGAAUGGAUUCGUGAGUAUUUACAGCAAAUGAAAGUACCAAAAAAGACUGUCUUUCAGCGAUAG